GCAUGCGCAGGCUGCCCAGCCGCGGGGCGCGGGGGGUGCGCGGAGAAAAGGGGCGGGGUGGUCGGAGCUGCUGUGCUGGCAGCAGCAGGCGAGGGCGCGGCUGCGGGGUCACUGGUGCUGAGGACCGACGCCAUUGGAGCCUCAGGGAAGCAUGGCUGAGGGAAGCUUCCGCAUGGAAUCAGAAAGCUACAACGCUGAAGACAUGGAUGAGGGUAGUGAUGAAGUCCGGGAGGAAGAGAUGGUUGAAGGAAACGACUAUGAAGAAUUUGGUGCUUUUGGAGGCUAUGGGACCUUCACCAGCUUUGACAUGCGUCUCCUCAGGGCCUUUGGGAGCUUGGGUCCAGCUUUUCGCAUCUUGUCGAAUGAGCCCUGGGAACUGGAAAACCCUACGCUGGCCCAGACUCUGGUGGAGGCAUUUCAGCUGGAUCCGGAAACACUUGCCAAUGAGGCGGCCGCUCAUGCUGCCAACGUAGUCCGUGCUGCUGCCUCCAACCGUGCUGCUCGGGCUGCUGCUGCUGCUGCACGUGCCGCCUAUAAUCAGGUGGUCGCUAACCACCUGCUGGCCACAGACCAGGCCUCAGGAGAAGAUACCCAGCCCACGACAUAUGCGGCGACCGAGGCUCAGGGAGCUGCCACCCCAGAGACAACCCUUGCUUCUCCGCACAGCUCCCAGAUGCCAGUCAACAGUGAGAUGGCCGCCUCUGGGGUUCCAGCAACCUCCUCACAGCCCCAGCCAGCCUCCCAGGCCCAGGAGGUUGCUACUGAGGGUCCUAGUGCUGCCUGCACUUCCUCUCAGGCUCCAUGUGCCAGCGAGGUGGAUGCCACCCGGCCCGAGAUGGCCUUCCUGGGCCGGAAGGAUGUCUUUGAUUUUGGGCAGCCAGCAGGUGUCAGUGGCAUGGCCUUCCCGCGCCCCAAGAGACCCGCCCCGACCCAAGAGGCUGCUGCAGAGGGCCCCAGCGCUGCCUCUGGGGUGCCCCAGGCUGCAGCAUCUUCAGGGGAGGGGGCAGCCACCCGGCCCAAGACGACCAAGUCUGGAAAGGCUCUUGCUAAGACUCGGUGGGUGGAACCUCAGAAUGUUGUGGCGGCAGCUGCUGCCAAGGCCAAGAUGGCCACCAGCACCCCUGAGCAGGAGGGUGCAGCUGCCACUGCUCAGAACAGUGCUGAGCCCUGGGCCAGGAUGGGAGGCAAGAGGACGAAGAAGUCCAAGCACCUGGAUGAUGAGUAUGAGAGCAGCGAGGAAGAGAGAGAGCCUCUUGCGGUCCCACCGACUUGGAGAGCACCGCAGCCCCCAUUGACGGUGGGGGCUCAGAUGACCCCUCGGCCUCCGAUGGCCCUGAGGUCCCAGGUACCCUCAAGGCACGUACUGUGCUUGCCACCCCGCAACGUGACCCUUCUACAAGAGAGGGCAAAUAAGUUGGUGAAAUACCUGAUGAUUAAGGACUACAAGAAGAUCCCCAUCAAGCGCUCAGACAUGCUGAAGGAUGUUAUCCGAGAAUAUGACGAACAUUUCCCUGAGAUCAUUGAACGAGCAACAUACACCCUGGAAAAGAAGUUCGGGAUCCACCUGAAGGAGAUUGACAAGGAAGAACACCUGUACAUUCUUGUCUGUACUCGGGAUUCCUCGGCUCGCCUCCUGGGAAAGACCAAGGACACUCCCAGGCUGAGUCUCCUCUUGGUGAUUCUGGGAGUCAUCUUCAUGAAUGGCAACCGGGCCAGCGAGGCUGUCCUCUGGGAGGCACUACGCAAGAUGGGACUGCGCCCUGGGAUGAGGCACCCAUUUCUUGGCGAUCUGAGGAAGCUCAUUACAGAUGACUUUGUGAAGCAGAAGUACCUGGAAUACAAGAAGAUCCCCAAUAGCAGCCCAUCCGAGUAUGAAUUCCUCUGGGGCCUGCGGGCCCGCCACGAGACCAGCAAGAUGAGGGUGCUGAGAUUCAUCGCCCAGAAUCAGAACCGAGAUCCCCAGGAAUGGAAGGCUCACUUCUUAGAGGCUGUGGAUGAUGCCUUCAAGACGAUGGACGUGGAUAUGGCUGAGGAACAUGCCAGGGCCCAGAUGAGGGCCCAGAUGAAUAUUGGGGAUGAAGCUCUGAUUGGACGGUGGAGCUGGGACGACAUACAGGUGGAGCUUCUGUCGUGGGACGAGGACGGAGAUUUUGGCGAUGCCUGGGCCAGGAUCCCCUUUGCUUUCUGGGCCAGAUACCAUCAGUACAUUCUGAACAGCAACCGUGCCAACAGGAGGGCCACUUGGAGAGCCGGCGUCAGCAGUGGCACUGAUGGUGGGACCAACACCAUCGUCCUAGAUGGCCCUAGCACCAGCUCCACCAUCCGGACCAGAAAUGCCGCCAGAACGAGUGCCAGCUUCUUCUCCUGGAUCCAGUAGGAUUUUCAGACAACGCUGAACUGCAGCAAUCACUCACCCAGUCAGAGUGCCUCCUCAGACUCCAUGUCCACAUAGCACUCUAGGUGGCCUCCGCUUGCCCAUCAAAGAUGGCAUGCAAGACUCAGCUCUCUUUGCCCUCCUGCUUUCCUCAUGUGCUGUUGUCGUGCUGUCAUGUUUUUGGUUGGUAUCAGUGUUACAUUAAAGUUGCAAAAUGAA